UGCGCCAGAGAAGUUUGUCUGUGGAAAGAGGCAGUGUCACUGGAGGGGACAGGAAGCGCUUAAUAGAAUAUAUCACUGAUAAAUAAUAUAAGUUUUCAAGUAAUAAUCCGUAAAGGGAGCGCAGGACAAAGUGUACGUCGUUUUCUUAAGAGCAGAGGAGGAUCUGCUAACAUGGCUUCACACAACCUGAGCGGAGUCAAACGAGAGGAGAAGGGCAGAAACAUCCAAGUCGUUGUCAGAUGCAGGCCUUUCAACACAAUGGAGCGCAAGUCGUCCUCCGGGGUCAUCGACUGCGACCAGGGCAGGAAGGAGGUCCUCGUGAAGACGGGUGGGAUGAACGACAAAGCAUCACGAAAGACCUACACGUUUGACAUGGUAUUUGGUCCGGCAGCCAAGCAGAUUGAGGUCUACAGGAGCGUUGUUUUCCCGAUCCUGGAUGAAGUCAUCAUGGGAUACAACUGCACUGUUUUUGCCUACGGUCAGACAGGAACAGGAAAGACGUUCACCAUGGAGGGGGAGAGGACUCCAAACGAGCAGUUCACCUGGGAGGAGGACCCUCUGGCUGGCGUCAUCCCCAGGACACUGCACCAGAUUUUUGAGAAGCUCACUGAAAAUGGCACAGAGUUCUCAGUCAAAGUGUCCCUGCUGGAGAUCUACAACGAGGAGCUUUUUGACCUGCUCAGCCCCAGCGAGGACGUCACUGAGCGUCUGCAGCUCUUUGACGACCCGAGAAACAAGCGAGGCGUGGUGGUGAAGGGUCUAGAGGAGGUGACGGUUCACAACAAAGACGAAGUUUAUCAGAUCCUGGAGAGAGGAGCCGCCAAGAGGAGGACGGCCUCCACGCUUAUGAACGCCUACUCCAGUCGCUCCCACUCGGUGUUCUCAGUCACCAUCCACAUGAAGGAGAUCACUCUGGACGGAGAGGAGCUGGUGAAGAUCGGCAAACUCAAUCUGGUGGAUCUUGCCGGAAGUGAGAACAUCGGGCGCUCUGGUGCGGUGGACAAACGCGCUCGUGAGGCGGGAAACAUCAACCAGUCUCUGCUGACACUGGGCAGAGUGAUCACGGCGCUGGUGGAGAAGAGGCCUCACGUCCCGUACAGAGAGUCCAAGCUGACCAGAAUCCUGCAGGACUCGCUGGGAGGACGAACGAAAACCUCCAUCAUCGCCACGGUGUCGCCUUCCUCCAGCAACCUGGAGGAGACUCUGAGCACGCUGGAGUACGCCAGCAGAGCCAAGAACAUCAUGAACAAGCCCGAGGUCAACCAGAAACUCACCAAGAGGACUCUCAUCAAGGAAUACACCGAGGAGAUUGAGCGUCUGAAGCGUGACUUGGCAGCCACUCGAGACAAGAACGGAGUUUAUAUUUCUACAGAGAACUAUGAGAGUAUGAUGAGUCAGAUCACGGCUCAAGAGUUGAGUUCAGCAGAGUACACUGACAGGAUCGCUGCCAUGGAGGAGGAGCUAAAGAAGGUGACCGAGCUGUUUGUGGACAGUAAGACCAAACUGGAGCAGUGCACUGCAGAGCUGGAUGACAAGCAGCAGAGACUGGAGGAGACUAGCCAGGACCUGCAGCAGACCAAAGUGAAGCUGAGUCAUGAGGAGUUCAUCUGCUCCGAGAUCAGCUCAGUCCAGGAUGUGCUCUACGACACCGCCGGGCAGCUGCUGAGCACAGUGGACGCCAGCACUAGUGACGUGUCGGGCCUCCAUGACAAGCUGGACAGGAAGAAAAAGGUGGAGCAGCACAACAAUGGCAUCCAGCAGAGCUUCGCACAGAGGAUGGACGGCGCGUUCAGCAACGUGCAGCGCUGCGUUCAGCAGCAGGGAGCCAAACACCAAGACAUGCUGAGCAGCUACUCUCAGUCCAUCGACGGUGUGCUCGUCAUGAACGAGGCGGCACUGAAAGGCGCUCUGACCACCAUGGAGUCCUUUGUGGGUGGAGUCGGGCAGCUGGUGGCUGAGGGCGUGGCUCGCUGUCAGGACCGAGUGCAGCAACAGGAGGCGAUGUGUCUGAAGGAUAAGGAGAGCGUGCUGCAGCUGCUGGAGGAGCAUCAGCAGGACAUGGAGGAGGUCCUGGUGGUUCGCACUCUGAUGGGUCUGUCAGCUGUCAAAGAGCUCAAUGACACACUGAGAGCCACAGUGGAGACACAGCGGGCGCUGGCCGACAAGGUGGAGGCGAUGAAGGAGAUGGGUGUGUUUUUCAGUGGCCUGGUGCAGGAGCUGGCAGGACUGCGGGAGGCCUCUGUGCAGGGUCUGAGCGCUCUGCACACUCAACACGACAAGUUAGAGGACGAGAUCAGUCAGGCGCAGGAGAGACACCAGACGGGGAUGAAGCAGACCAUCCAGUGCCUGCAGGACCAGCUCAACCUGCUGACUAUGGAGGUCCAGAAGGAUUAUACUGAUCUGCGCACGUCCUCCAAAGCUCUGCAGAAACCUCUACAGACCCUCCAGGAGAACAUCAACAGUGGUUGCAGUACAGUAGAGCGUCGGGCCUCCUCUCAGGCGGACCUCCUCUCCUCCACCUCCUCCUCCCUGGCCUCCUCUCUGCGUCUGACCACCAGCCAGAGCCUGCAGACCCUGGAUGAGAUGACGGGCUGCUGUUCCCACCUGCACAGCGCUGUGUCAGGCUUGGUCGAUCGUGACCUCCAGUGGAGCUCCAAAACCAGGGAGCAGGCAGAGACUGCCGCCCAGCAACAUUCAACUCUGACGGGGAUGAUUUCAAGUGAAGCUCAGGCCCUGCAUCAGAGUGUCGAGAAGCGCUGCACUGAACACCUCCAGACAGCCGAGGAGCAGCUGUCGGGUCGGCAGGAGGAGGUUAAGCGGGCUGUGAUGGCUGUACAGGACCAGACCUCCCAGGACCGGACUGUCCUGGAGCAACAGCAGGCUGAGCUGCAGGACCACGUGGAGACGAGUCAGGAGCUGGUCAGCGAUUUUCUGCAAAACGAGCUGCAGCAGGACAUUCCUACUGGUACGACCCCUCAGCGUCGAGAGUUUGUCUAUCCCAGGCAGCUGGUGAAGUCGCGGACUCGGAGCGAGCUGCUGGAGAGCCUGAGGAGGCAGCAGGAGGAGCUGAGGGCAGCUGUGGAGGAGGAAGAGGACGAGCAGGAGGAGCUCAGCCAGGUCGACCACGACUCUCUUGAAGACGAGUUGAGUACUUGUAACGAAAGCUUGGCCACAGAGCCGUCCUUCAUCGAUGAGAACCUCGUCUUCAACGAGAGCAAACGAGUUCCCUUCUUUAAGCAGAAGAAGGGCGGUAAGAAGGAAUCGAAGAUCCACAACAGGCAAAAAGCAUCUGAAAACGAAGCCACAUCAACGCCUCAGAAAUCCAGACUGCCCCUCCGCUGUCAGAACUAGAGCAGUUUUAGUAUUUUUUUUUCUUCGUUUCGACUGUUAUUAUUGCCCAUGUCUUUCUCAUCUUUUAAAUAUCUUUAUCUUCUGUGUGUUUGAAUGUUGUCUAAUGAACUGUCACUUGUCUUAGUACCAUAACUGUCUCGACAUUUUCAAGUUGCUUGUAAAAUUAAAGAGAUUUAUACUUGUUUUAUA